GAUAUCAGUCUCUCUUCAAUUUCAACUUCUCACAGUAGUACAAGCAUUCUUCUUUCAAUAACAAACUAUUAACAGACUUUGUUUGCACCGCUGCGGGCACAAGCAUGCUUACUUUUGGUGCAAAAACAUUUACUGCUCCCAAAGGAGCAUGCUGUUCAUUUGCCCAGACAAGAUCAAGUGUCGAAGAGCAGUAAAUCCACCAAUAUUUUUUCUUGGAAAGAACCAUAUCUCGUGAUUGUUAGGUAGAUCCCAAAACUCAUGAUAAAAAAUAUACUCCUCAGCUCUUUCACCAGAGGGAGUUCAUGUGCAGUAUGCUCCCUCGUAUAUAGUUUACUGGUACUUUGUCACUCCAUGGUUUGUUUAUAGCAAGUCAAGAUAAGGGAGGACAAGACAAAUUGCACAAUCCAAAAUGAGGGUGUCAUUGCAGCAACCCAUUGUAUAUUUUAUGUUAUAUUCCACAAAAAAAAAAAUAAAGAGUUAUUUUUUCUUUUUUGUUUUUUUUUGGGAGUAUAAGUAGUAUCUCUCAUUGAGUUUCCAGCUCCUCUUGAUUCUCCCUCAGAUAAUCCAAAAGCAUCAUCCUCCUGUUUGUAGUGGCCCACUUCAUAAUCAUACAACCAAACAACUCUCUCUUUCCUCACUCUUCUUUUCCUUGCAAAAAUGCUCCCUUUACAUUCUUUGAAAAAUAGGUACUGGCCCCAGCUGAAAUAAAUUACCCAAAAAAAAGGUAAAGCAAUCCCCAUCAGUGUUCAACCAAAACUGGGUUGACACAGAACAAAUUAUAAAUCAAAGAAGUUUCAAUACUAAACUCAUAGAAAACCUUCCUUUUCGCUCGGCCGGCAGAAACCUUGAGCAUAGCAACAGGCCGGCUGGUCAUCUCUCUUCGCUCAAGGCAUAAAUCAACUAAUUUUGGGUGGAGAAUAAAAGGUGAACCAAAAUUUGAUCACCCUUGAGAUGCCCUUGUUUCCUUAAAAGUGAUCACGAUCUGAGUCAUCUCCAACACUGAAUAACAAUCCUGGUUUUCAUUCUUUGGCCUGCUGAAGAAAGUUCCCUUGUUUUGCAGAGAAAAUGGCGACGCAUAAAGGAGCAGCAAUGCCCCAACUAGGCAUUGGCCCAGAGAGAACCCUCUCUAGAGAUAAGCUACAAAGCAGUGAGAGUGCAAAUUGUGCAGCUAACGAGAAUACGAUACAGUACCCUUUCGGCACAUUUUCUGAGCAACCCAAUAGGAAAAAAAAAAUCCGAAGCAGAAGAAUUUCCAAACGCUGCUCAUCCAUGUCCCUGGCUUACUCUCUUGCUGAGCUUGACAAGGCCCUGAAAGAAGUUUUGGAGCAAGAGAAUGAAUCUUUGCAGCUUGAUUCUCAAGGUGAGUCACUCUAUACUCUCGCAAUUCCAGACCCAAAUAAAGAGAGGACCAAUAUUCAAGGAGAGGAAGGUACAAGCCGAUCAAAACCUCGGAGGAAUGGCUGUGGCAUUCCUUGGCGCUGGUCAAAGAAACACAAGAGGCACCUGAGAGGACAAAUUAAGGACUUCACAGGUAGAAAGUCCUCAAGUCUUAACACGAGAACAGCUCGCAAAAUUUUCGGGACCCAAGUGUCUAGUGAUGGUGAAUCGCUCUCCUCCGAUGAAUAUUCAAUAGAAGAAGCAGAACCCACCAGCUAUGAGAUCAUGGACUUGAGCUUCAACUCCGCUCCGGUAGAAGGGCAAUGCUACUUCCCACACUUUACCCAUGAAGCAAAUCACCAUGGCUCCAAACAGGAAGGUGAGAAUGAGAGAUACCAUAGAACCAAGGAGUCGUCUACAUGCAGAAGCUUGUCGCUCAAGUAUCAACCGAAGCUUUUCCAGGACAUCAUCGGCCAUGAAAUCACAGUUCAAGCUCUAGAAAAUGCGAUCGGGAAGAAGAAGGUAGCACCCCUGUAUCUCUUCCAUGGAUCAAGAGGUACAGGAAAGACGUCCACUGCAAGGAUAUUUGCAAUGGCUUCCAACUGUGAAAUUGCUUCAGCCAACAAGCCCUGUUGGAGUUGCAGAGGAUGUUCGAGGAGCCUAUACAUCGCAGAGUUGUGUUCGGGGAGUAGGAGGACUGGGUUUGAGAGGAUCAGAACUCUAAUUCAGAGCACCGCAUUCUCUCAGACUGUUCCGGGUUACAAAGUGUUCAUCAUAGAGGAGUCACAUACGCUCACUGACGAAGCAUGGUAUGAGCUUCUGAGCAUGGUGCAAAGAGUACCUAAGUCGGUGGUUUUUGUCAUGAUAACAGAGGACGCAAGCAUGGUGCCAAGAGUGGUAUCUUCGAGAUGUCAUAAGUUCUGCUUCACAAAGCUCAGAGACCAAGACAUAGCCUCAAAACUGACACGAAUUGUCACUUUAGAGAACAUUAGGAUUGAUGGGGAGGCACUUAAAUUGAUAACAGUGAAAGCUGAUGGCUCCUUGAGAGACGCCGAGAACAUACUCGACCAGUUAUCUCUCCUUGGGUCAAGAAUCACAAAUGCAAUGGUUCAACAACUGGUUUGUGCUCCUCUCUACAACCUUAUCCCAUUAAUUAUGCAUUGCAAUUGCAUUCACCAACUUCUUACAGUCAUUAAUUUACAGGUGGGUCUUGUGCCAGACAGUAAACUUACGGAGUUACUCAAUAUGGCCCUAUCUGGAGAUACCGCCAGGACAGUGUGCUGCACGAGGGAGCUCAUCGGCUCAGGUGUCGAACCAGUUGCACUAAUAUCCCAAUUAGCAUCUCUCAUCACAGAUAUCCUAGCAGGAAAAUCUGCAACAACCACACCUUCCAAAGAUGAGUUAUUAUUAAGAAGCCAAUCACUAACAAAGAAUCGCCCUGAGAGAUUGUGCCAAGCAUUAACGAUACUCACUGAAACAGAGAAGCAGUUGAGGUCAUCCACUGAGCAUGCCACAUGGGUUGUGGCUGCUCUUCUGCAGCUUGCACCACCAGUCUCCGAUUCACAUUCCACGAAUGUUGUCUUGCCCAAAGGAAUCAUCUCUACAGGAAACAAAUCCACAAAUGGAGCAAGACCAGCUCCAUCAGUUACAAAUUGGAAGACAUUUACUGAGUACACUGACGAAAGAACCCAUUUCAGUGUAGGAAAUCUGGAGAAACUUGAUGUCAAAGUGAAUGAUAUAGACGCAACUGCUAUUAGUGGUGAUAAUGGUACAAAAUCUGGAAUAGGUUGUCUUGCGAUGGUUGAGAUGAAACCCAACUUAGCACAGAUGAGAAAUAUGGAGGAAGUCUGGAAUAACAUAGUAGAAAGGAUUCAGAAUAAGUAUCUCAAGGAAUUUUUGAACCAGAAUGGAAAGCUCAUGUCACUGACUGUGUCCAAAGCCAAUGCAAUCGUUCAUCUGAUGUUUAAAACUCCAGAAGACAAACUAACAGCUGAAACUUCCGAGGCAACCAUCUCCAAAGCAUUCGAAGCUGCCCUUGGCUGCCCAGUGACAGUGACAAUGAGCUUGGAACCAUCCGAAUUUAGUAUUUUCAGGACCAGUGUCCCAUUGACUGAUGAACAACUAGGGCACACUAAGCAAAGACAACACAGAAGGUUUAACUCAAAGACUGAGGAGCAACAGAACACAAAUGCAAGAGAAGUGGUUCUCAACCACAGUCGAAGCUCCAAAACAACUGGUACAUCUGAAAUGCUCCUUAGAUCCACAAGUUCUCGGGAAUCUGUGAAGAAAGUUCAAGUCAGAGAUAUACUCUCUGAAGAACAUGAAAGGAGAGAUGGGCAUCACAGACAUAGCCAAGAUUUCUCUGGUAGUUUGCUUCAAAGAAACAGGCAAGAUAGAGCCUUAAAGGAUCAAGAUCCAAAAGACAGAGCUCUGGAUAUGAUCACAAUGAACACAAAUACUCAGCUCAAGCGUAGAUCUUUGGGCAUGCUCUCUCUUACUUCAAUUCAGCAGGCAGAUGCAAGCAUAGAGCCUUAUAGCCAAGAUUUAAUGUUUGAAAACAAAAAUCAAGACAUAACACUACUAAAGAGAAGAACUUCAAACCUUCAGGCCGACUCACCCAAAACAAGAGAUCAUCAGCAACAUCGAGCAUGCCUGGAAAUCUCUUCCAGCUGUACUGAAUUGUUCUGUGGUGGAGAGGCAAGGGUCAACCCCUAAUGUUAUGUAGCCCAAGACAAUGAUGAAUAUCCAUCUCCAUCUCAAUCUCGACAUCUAACCAGGUAGAUAGCAAUGAAGUUGAAGCAAAAUGAUGCAUGGAUGCAAGGAGACUGAUGUAAGACUCGCCUAAGACCGGAGUCGACCUGGCUGCGGUAGCCUCCAAGUUUCAGACAAGCCUGAAGGGACUUGCACAAGUAUUAUAUCCGUUAUGUAGUUUUUUUAAAAGACUCAUAUGAGUCUCAACAAGCCUACUUGGCUCAGGGCUAUGGUGAGCCCCGGUCCCAUUCUGUUCAUUUAAACUGUCUAUUAAGGCAGCACCUUGUUCAGAUUCCAUAAUAAGAAAAAACGCCUACUCAAACAGAAGAUUGUUUCCCCACUUCAAGUCUAUACUAGAUAUAGAAAAGCCAAUACCAUCUGCCCUUAAGAUCCUAAAACCCCACAAUUGUUGUUACUCAAUUUGUUUUUCAUCUAUUAAAGCUGAUUACUUUGAAGCAUAAAGUUACGAAAAGUUGACGGACAAAUAUAUGGAAGAUACCGGGUUGUUGAUGAUACACAUGAAAUCCACUCAAGACACAUUUGAUUGCACUCAAUUAUUCCAAUGACCUUCCAAAUAGACUAUAAUGCAUGCGGAUCCAAUGCCUCCACAUUCUUCGCCAAAGCAAGCAAGCAAGCAAAAGAUAGGAAACUUUCAUAGUAAUAGCAAGCACUGAAGCAAUAGCAAGUUUUCAAAGCAAACUGGUUCCCACAGUUAACCUUUCUUGCCACUAAAUGUACAUGAUCUUUCCAACAAGGGAAAAUAAAUGGAACAAUCUGAAACUGCAGAUACUUAAUGGGUCACUACCUGUGAUUGACCACAAAUGUGGUUUCUCAACAGGGAAUGUUUUUUUCUGGGCUGGACUGCAAUUUUAUCGAAGCCCCAACAUGACUUGCC